AUGAUAACAACUUCAUAAUCUUCAAGUGAUUCUGAAGUCAGAAGAAGAGUUAAAGAGUAUAUUUGUGGUGAUUCAUUGUGUAGAAAGAAAUAUGGAACAAAUGCUGCAUUGUAUACUCAUAUCAAGAAUAAACAUCUUGGAGUUACACCUGUAUCAAUAAUUCAAUUUAUAAUAGAGUGGCACUAAAAGACCAUCAUCAGAAUCUAUUAAGGGAAGAAAAGGAAGACCUUAAUAAUUAAAGGCAGAAAAUAAAUCACAAGAUAGUGUAACAGAAGAAAAAAUUAAAGUUGUCAAAAUCAUGAGCACUUAAUCUUUUUAAGAUUUCAUUUAUCUUAUAGGAUAAAUUGGUGAUCACUAUUUAAUCAGAGAUUAAGAUGAACAAUAUCGUUAUAUUGUAAAUGAAGAGAUUGAUAAAAUCAAAAAUGAUUGUGUAUUCUAAUUAAUAUCUAUCAUAGAUUGGAGAUUCAUUUUAAUUAUAAGAUUUACAUAAAUAAUUCAUGAUUCAAUCCUCUCCUUUUUGGAAACCCUAAUACUUCUACUGUAUAUAUUAUUUUAUUAUAUUUUCAUUGAGUAAAGGAAGCUUUUAAGGUAUCAAUUAAUUAUUAAUUAAUGAGCUUAAAUAAAAGAUUGA